AUGUCCUCGCGCAAGAUCUCUUCGGAGUCGUUCAGCUCGAUGGGAUCGGAGUGCCUGGAGAGCCCCGGAGAUGAUGGCGAUUCCUGCCCCUUUUCACGCAUCUGGAACGGCAAGAGCCCCGUGGAGAAGCUCGCGUGCCCGUUCGAGGACGCACCGGGACCCAAACGGGCGAACAGACGGAAGCGCGUGAACCUGGACUCGCUCGGGGAGAGUUUGAGGAGAUUAACGUCGCCCACGGUAGGAUACAGUAACAAAAACCCCAGAUAGAGAGAUUCUCUCCGGUAUUUCUCUCUCCCCUCUGCAUGCAUCACCUGAGUGGUUACAAAAGGACCAGCACCCUAGAGAUGACUGUUAGAAUACCAAUUGAGAGCGAGAGAGAGAGAGAGAAGAUUGGGUAGUAGAUUAGGCCUAUUCUAUAUCACUCCUUGCUGGGCGAUGAGGUUAUUCUGGGUGAGUUUUGGUGAGACUAUCUGUUUACCUAGUGUAGUGUAGAUGGUUCCCUUUCACCUCCUCUCCUCCACCUGCACUGAUGUGAAAGAAGUGGACAGGUGAAAUAAAAUAGCUGGCCUCCACCUUACAGCAUCAUUAACCUGUGUUUUCAGAACAGUGUAGGUUAAGGAAUAGAAACUAGGACAUAAGCUAGAUAUUAGAGAUGCAUUUGAUGAUGAUGAUUAUGAUUAUGAUGAUAAAGAUACCCUGGUCUUUAUACAAGGCUGUUUUCAAUUUCCUUGGUCUAAGGGAAGUGUUUAGCUUGCGACUCCCUGGCCAAAAGCAGAGACGCCCCCCACACCCUGGCCAAAAGCAGAGACGCCUCCCACUCCCUGACCAAAAGCAGAGACGCCCCCCACACCCUGGCCAAAAGCAGAGACGCCUCCCACACCCUGGCCAAAAGCAGAGACGCCACCCACACCCUGGCCAAAAGCAGAGACGCCACCCACACCCUGGCCAAAAGCAGAGACGCCACCCACACCCUGGCCAAAAGCAGAGACGCCUCCCACUCCCUGACCAAAAGCAGAGACGCCUCCCACUCCCUGACCAAAAGCAGAGACGCCUCCCACUCCCUGACCAAAACUAAAAAGUAACAGAACAGAGCAUGUACUUGGUGUUCACUUCAAAAUCAAAUUUUAUUGGCCACAUGCGCCGAAUACAACAGGUGCAGACAUUACAGUGAAAUGCUUACUUACAGCCCUUAACCAACAGUGCAUUUAUUUCUAAUAAAAAAGUAGAACGGUCCUGAUACUGUCAACCAGGCCAGCCACAGUGACCCUGACCACAGGACACACACACACACACACAACACCCUGUCGCCACACAUUGCACACACAUAAACAUAAACACAAACAUAAACAUAUCCAGGGAGGUGGUAGUUAGUGGAGAGACCCAUAACUGUUCUACAGUAGUGUAGUUCAUGAACUUCAAAGGCUGUGUGUGUACUGUGGGACAUGUAGCUGUGUCAUAGUUUGCACUACAUUCCCUAAUUAAAGCAGUACACAGACACACUCACAUACAAACAUACUGCCUUAGAGGAGAGAGAAAGAGGAGGAGAGAGGAGAACUGCUUGAGGAGAGAGAAAGAGGCGAGAGGACAACUGCUUGAGGAGAGAGAAAGAGGAGGAGAGAGGAGAACUGCUUGAGGAGAGAGAAAGAGGAGGAGAGAGGAGAACUGCUUGAGGAGAGAGAAAGAGGAGGGAGAGAGGGAGAAAAUGCUUGAGGAGAGAAGAAAAGGAGAGAGAGAAACGCUUGAGGAGAGAGAAAAGAGGAGAGGUAGAACUGUUGAGGAGAGAGAAAGAGGAGAGAGGAGGGGAACUGCUUGAGGCGAGAGAAAAGAGGAGGAGAGAGGAGAACGGCUUGAGGAGAGAAAAGAGGGAGGGGAGGAGAUGCUGGAGGAGAGAGAAAGAGGAGGAGAGGAGAAUGCUUGAGGUGGAGAGAACAGAGGAGAGAGGAGAACUGCUUGAGGAGAGAGAAAGAGGAGAGAGGAGAACUGCUUGAGGAGAGAGAAAGAGGAGAGAGGAGAACUGCUUGAGGAGAGAGAAAGAGGAGAGAGGAGAACUGCUUGAGAGAGAAAGGGGAGGAGAGAGGAGAACUGCUUGAGGAGAGAAAGAGAAGGAGAGUGGAGAACUGCUUGAGGAGAGAGAAAGAUGAGGAGAGAGGAGAACUGCUUGAAGAGAGAGAAAGAGGAGAGAGGAGAAACUGCUUGAGGAGAGAGGAUGAGGAGAGAGGAGAACUGCUUGAGGAGAGAGAAAGAGGAGAGAGGAGAACUGCUUGAGGAGAGAGAAAGAGGAGAGAGAGGAGAACUGCUUGAGGAGAGAGAAAGAGGAGAGAGAGGAGAACUGCUUGAGAGAGGAAAGAGGGAGAGAGGAGGAACAGCUUGAUGAGGAGGAGAGGGAGAGGAGAGGAAAGUGGAGAGAGAAGAGGAGCAAGAACAGAGUAAGAAUAAGCACUAUAUGA